AUGGAUUCACGUGAAUUAGAAUCAUGGAAAUGGAUUAAAUAUCAAUACAAUGUAGACUGGAAUUUAAAUGAUUGUUUUGAUCCUUUUAAUCUUGGUAUAUCGUGUCAAAUCAUUGAUGGAAUAGACCAUCUAACAGAAAUAUUAAAGGUUACACAAUUAAUUGGUGGACAUGUGUUGUUUGAUUUAUCUGUUCAAGAUUCUACCGUGUCAUUAUUGACUUUUUUAAACAUAGUGACAAGGGAUAAUGGGGUGGUGAACAGUCGUGGUGGUAAAGGUGUUGGAGGUGGAGAUCUCGGGCAUCUCCAAUUUUUACAUAUUUCAAGAGAACCAACAACAAAUAUUAUCCCAACUUUAUUCUCAGUCCCUACUCUACUAGUAUUGGAAAUAUAUACAUCUAAAUUCAUACCAUUUACAAAUAACCACCAAACUAUUGUAAUGAACAAUAUACUAUUUCCAAAUUUAAAAUCAUUGACCUUUGAAAUUGGAAAUGGUGGUGAUAUCGACAACAACAACAAUAACAACAACAAAAAUAACAACUCAUUAUUCACCAGUUGUUCAGGUUUACAACACUUGUAUCUAUCAAAUAUACCAAAUAUUGAUUUCAAAGGCAGUCGUAAUCUUGUCAGUCUAUCUCUAUACAAUCCAACCAAUUAUAUUCCAAAUGAUCUAUCAUUAUGGCGAAACUUGGAAACAUUAAUUGUAAAAGGUAGGAAAUCAAAUAAAUUAGCAUUUAUUGGAUUCUCUGAUUUAUUAAAUACAAUGUAUGAUAGUGAUAGUGAGAUGGUGAACGCACCAUCCAAUGCAUUGUUAAAGUGGAAUACAAGAUUAAAGAAUGUGUCAUUUGCAAACAACCAAAUAUUCAAGGCAGUAGAUUAUACACUUGAAAAUGCUUAUAUAGAUAUGUCGGGAAAUGAAAUCAACAACUCUUUGGCAGGUUUCAAUGGUUAUUGCAUGGCUCACACAAUCAACUUUACAAACAAUGUCAAUCUCACACAUGUCUCAGAUUGUUUCUAUUGUUCUUGGCCAUACGUAUCAUCAUGGUUUACAAAUACAAAUGUUUCAAAACCAUUAAACUUUAAUUGUCCAAUAAAAUUGGAUAAAAUCAAUUAUGUGGUUGGUGUGGGAUCACCUAUUGUAACAAUAAAAGGAGAGAAUUUGGGGUUUGUUGGUAAUGAAGAUUAUACAAUACCAUAUAUUCCAAAUACUUUGGUUGGGUAUAGGAUGGAUCCACCGUUAUCAAGAAAUGAAAAGAGUCGAUUAGUGCACAUCCCAUUUUAUAGUGACGGCAGUAUUGCAGCUGCAGUCCCAUUGACAGUGGUACGUGGUACGCCUAUUGUUACAAAUGCACAUACUAUGCAUACCCAAGAUGACGACGACUGUAUCGAGAUUCAAGUGACAGGAGAAUUUUCAAGUGAGGUUGGUCAACUCGGUCACACUGUAGAGUAUGGUGAUGAAUUGAACGGGUACUAUCCAUGUCACAUUGAAUCAUUCAACGAGUCACAUAUCGCAUGCAAGACUAUGCCAAUAGACCUUCCAAGUGGAUUCCACCAUUUAACUGUAUCAACAGCCCAGUAUGGUUCGUCGACUUUAAAUCUUGUUGAUUUCAACAAGAGGAUUGAUCCUCCCAAAAUUACAAUUGAUUCAAUCAAACCUGUAUGUCAUCAUCAUCGUAAUCAUUUUCUGGAAGGAGAGUCAGUAGAGAUUAGUGGGUCAUUCUCAUCGCUGGGUCAUUUCAAUCAAACCAAUAUCAAUAUUGAUAAUGUUGGAUGUACUAUAGAUCGCUCCUCCUCCAACACCAAUUCCAUCGUUUGCACUCCAACUCGACCUAUGAUCGCAAGCACCGGUGUCAAAAACCUCACCAUUGUCACCAAUCAUUGGACAACGUCCGUGUCGAUCACUGUGAUUGACUGUACACCCAAUCUCGUCCAAACGUCGUCUUGGCUAUUUGUAUUAUUUAUUUCUCUCCUACUUGUAUUCUUUCAUCAAUUCAUCGUUUAUUACAACCAUCCCGAUGAAACGAUCAACAUCUAUCCAGAUUAA